AGCAGUAAACGGGAGUGGGUCAAGAGCCCGGCUGAGGGGCUGCAACUCACAAAGAGUGAGAGAGAGAGAGAAAAAGACUAUAGGCCACUAAACUACAACAUACUACGUUUAUAGUUUGCCAAAGAAACACAUGCAAGCCGGCUAAUCUGCAUUGCUUGGAAAUAGAACUAGCCUACUAGCCACAAACAUCCAUUGGCUACUCACAGACUCUAACUUGUCACGAUAGAAAAGAAAGGCACAGCGAUUCAAAGAGGGAGGGGGCUGCUCACCACUUCAGAAACCCCAUGCACUCGUCUUCCAGUAUGCUGGGUGCUGUCAAAAUGGAAGGGCACGACCACUCUGACUGGAGCUACUAUGCAGAACCCGAGAGUUACCAAGCGGUGAGCAAUAUGAACGCAGGACUAGGGAUGAAUGGUAUGAACACAUACAUGAGCAUGUCCGCAAUGAGUACAACUUCCAACAUGACUGCAGGCUCCAUGAACAUGUCUUAUGUCAACACCGGCAUGAACCCCUCCAUGACUGGCAUGUCCCCUGCAACAGGCCCUAUGAGUGGCAUGGGUAGUGGUGUGGUUGGCAUGACCGCAGCUCUUAGCCCCAGUAUGAGCCCGAUGAGCGCCCAGGCUACCUCCAUUAACGCUCUGACUCCUUACAGUAACAUGAAUGCCAUGAGUCCAAUAUAUGGUCAAUCCACCAUCAACAGGUCGAGAGACCCGAAGACUUACCGCCGAAGCUAUACCCACGCAAAGCCACCAUACUCCUACAUUUCUCUUAUAACAAUGGCAAUCCAACAGUCCCCCAACAAGAUGCUCACACUCAGUGAGAUAUACCAGUGGAUAAUGGAUCUCUUUCCUUUUUAUCGCCAGAAUCAGCAGCGGUGGCAGAACUCCAUUCGACAUUCCUUAUCUUUUAAUGACUGUUUCCUCAAGGUACCACGAUCUCCAGACAAACCAGGCAAGGGCUCCUUCUGGACCCUUCAUCCCGAUUCGGGUAACAUGUUUGAAAAUGGCUGUUAUCUCAGGAGGCAAAAGCGAUUCAAGUGUGACCGAAAGCAAGUGCUGAAGGACUUGGGUAAAAAAAUCACAGAUGGGGGCUCCAGCAUGGGAUCAGCUGCUACCAGCAGUAGCUCUGAGAACUCUCAUGGCAACGACUCUCCCCAUUCGAGCUCUUCUCCUUCCACAGAGCACAAGAGGUCUUUGUCGGAUUUGAAAGCUAACCAUACACUAAGCCCAGAUCACCACACAGCCUCUCCAUCAACACAAGCCCAUCUGCUCUCACACCAUUCUGUUCUCACCCAUGACGCCCAAGUCCAUCUCAAACCUGAACACCACUACUCAUUCAACCACCCUUUCUCAAUCAAUAACUUAAUGUCGGAGCAGCAGCAUCAUCACAAAAUGGACCUGAAAGCCUACGAACAGGUGAUGCACUAUUCCGGCUAUGGGUCCCCAAUGGGGGGAGGCCUAUCCAUGAGUUCCAUUGCAGGCAAAACUGGUUUAGACACAUCUGGCUUACCCCCCGACACUUCAUACUAUCAAGGUGUGUAUUCCAGACCUAUUAUGAACUCUUCCUAAAAUUCUGCAAGAAAUGGACUUUGACAGAUGUGUAUAGGGCGGGAAACGGACAGUCUUGCAUUGCAAUAUAUUUUGAACAUUCCCAGCUUUUAGAUAUUGUUCUUCAGAUUAAAGUUUGUAUUUUUGUUUUCCUUCGGGGUGUAUUUUUGUGUAGAUGGCCGGAUCUGCCCUCUGUAUGGCACACAGGAAUCCGCACGUAUCAUUUUCCCAGGACCAAAAAUAUGUGCUGUUUUAAAAAAAGUAAAAAGAAAAACAUUCUGAAUAUGUUCUUACGUUUGGAAACUACAUAAUGCUACCGAGAUGAAGUGAUUCAAACGAACUAAUUUAUCGUUUGUGAAUGAUUUAUUUAUAACAUGUAAAUGUGUAUUACUGGUAGUUAUUCAUAUUUUUUCGAGUCUAUAUUAAAGUGUCAUGUGGUGUUUUUGAAUCCUUUGUCAAACUCUUUAUUUUAGGCAGCUAUUUCCACAAACAGUGUUCCAACCCCGAAAAAGGAAUAAAUAAUUGAAUAAACACAAUUAAUGAGA